CUCUAUAGCUACAACACCAGUCAUCCAUUAAUUUUAGCGUUUCAGCUGAGCAACACAUAGUAGACGUUGCGUCUCAAAUGAACCUCAUUCGUUGGGUAGAAGUGACCACUCGUCAUCUCCCGUCUCACUCGGUGUGCGGAGGAGCAGAAGGAGGCGAAUGGAGACCAAAAAUGCUGGAAACGUACGUUGGACGUACAGUAGACGAACACGUCGUGGGAAAAAUCGUUCCGUUUUCUGACUGCAUCUGUAUUGCACGAAAUGGGAGAGAACAACACAUUAGUCGCUUGCAGGAGCCCGGUGGCGCUGCGGUUUAUGAGGUGCUCACAUUUCAACCGCCAGAUGCACGGCAACCUGCGGAUGUGAGUCUUGAUUGGAUUGAAGCCAGAGGCAAUGAGAUACCUGCCGGUGCUGUGGAGGGAGGUCUGGAGAAUGGUGUGGUGACCUACAUAGGACGGCGGAAUGCUGAAUCACAGAAGUUGUGUGGAAAAGUCAAUUCCAACGAGGGCUGUUUGAUUGUCACUUGGAACGGAAGGGAACUAAGGUAUACGGAUUAUGAGUUGCUGGUAUUGAAGGACGUAGAUAAAUACACGUUGAACGAUGUGAUGUAUGACAUGAGUCAAGUGAAGAAAAUUCCUAGUGGAGAAAUGGUGACAGUUAGCUCACAUGCUAUCAGGAAUGAUGAAGUUAAUGACAGAGAAGUGGCUCAAGAGGUUUACUGCAGCAGGGAGGAUUCUCAUAGUUGGACACAGGCAGAAAGCAAGGGUUGUGGCAUUCUCAAAGGCAUUGUGACUGAUGUGAAUGCUUCGUGUCCUGUUAUUACAACCAAAGGUACACUUGAUGAGCUGAGUGAAGGGACACAUAGUCAACUGUGGGAUGACAAAGUGACAAUUGUGAGGACAAACAGAUUGCUGAUCAAAUACUUUGUGCCUACGAAACACACUGUGAGUGCAGGCAUCGUUGUGACUGACAUGGAUGUUGAGAUUCCAUACACGGGAGCUUUGAUCAAGUACUAUAAAAAUGGGGUUCAGCCUGAUUCCAGUGUAGUUCGUGGAGUCUACAAAGGUGUACUCAAGCAAAUUGAUAUUCGGUAUGGAGACUGUAUUCCCCUUAGUCACAACGAUCCUGCUACCACCCCUACUGAUAGAGAUGUGACAGAGAACAGAUAUGUAGCAGAUAAUACAUUGUCUACUCCCAUAUUGUCGUUACCAUCAGGUUCUGUUAGCAAUCGUUGUGAUGCAAGUGUCGACAGCAGCAAAGAAACAGGCAGCUUGGGUGGUUUCAAUGACAAAGUGAACGAUAAACAAGAGAGUACAAACAAAGAAACGGAACAAAGGUAUGCAGAUCCUGCAAGAAGAGAUUGUAACUCAACAGUGGACAGUGGGGAAAAUGCAUUGUUGGCAACCGAUGUUGAAACUGCUGCAACUACUGGAAAUGCAAGCAAAUUACUCGAAAAUGAUAACAUUAACGAGCUAGUGGGCAUUGUAAUUGGGAUUGAAAAUCAAGCUGGUGAAGAUGAUGAUCAAAGGUUACAAGUGAAUGGUGAAAUGGCUGAUCAAGACACUACAGUUGGCAGUCAGCAAACUGAGAAAAUGGACGUUAAUAUUUUGACCAAUGACUCUUCAGGAAAAUCAACUCAAGCUACAGUCAAUAGCCAAACAACUAACAUAUGGAAUUCAUCUACCAUUAGUAGCACUGAAGCUGAUGCCAUUAUUUAUCCACCCACUGGAGACCAGAAAACUGUAAUACCAUCUCCAGCAAGCACGAGGCAAGUGUCAGUCAUACCAGCAAGUAGCUGUGAUAAAUCUGAGAAUUUGAAUCAGACGAAUCCUUUUGGAAUGUUACAUUCACAUGCUAAGGAGUCAAACACAAAUGUUCAGGAAGGACAAACCAAUGGGAAGCAUCCAGUGGAAACAGACAUUGAUGCCGAUAUUAUUGGCGAGGAGGAUAGUCGUUUCCCUGCUCCAUUGCAAAGUUCAAAGAACUCUGGAUAUGACACUUCACCUAACCCACCAAGCGAGGAGCCACUGAUGGGGUCACAUGAAAGUUACAGUAAAGUCAAUAAUUUUGAUGGCACCCAAAAAGAAGACGUAUCUUCUCGUUGUUGUGACAGCGGAUGCUGCACCGUACUUUGAAAGAACUUGCAUGUACACUUGUUGACUAUGUCAAACCAUAUGCCUCUAAAUUCACGCAAGUGUUACACGCUGUUUUUUAUGUCAGGUUUACUGUAACAUGCUCUUUUCAAAGUGUCUUGCGCUGUAGUAGUCUAGUUAUUCGGUGAUUUGCCCAACUGUUUUGUUUUUUUGUUUCAAUCUACAAUGCUUUUCAUCUGUCUUAGU